AUGUCCGACAACCCGGAUGAUCGCGCGCGGGCCCGAAAACCCCAGGGUUUCUUUAGCGAGAAACAGCAAGAACAGCGUGAUGAAGCGGUUAGAGGUCAACUGGAAGAAGAUCUCCCUAUACGACCAAAGGCAAAGAGGGGAGCACAUGAUUUGCAGGCAGAGUCGGUCUCUAUAAAAAAGAAACAAAAGAAAGAGGAACCUAAACCCAAACCUCUGGAUGUGGAAGCUUUCUUAGCCGAUCUGAAAACCGACUAUUCUAAAAAGAAGCUUGAACCUAUGCCACCAAGACCUCCCAAGCAGAAAUGGCGUCCGGUAAAGACUGCCAUUACGGACCGGGCGAAGGCACCCAAAGGCUGGAAUCCAAGAGAGCCUGAUCUGAUUAAUGAUGAUCUGGAGUCUCAAAUUACAAGAUGCCGCGAGCGGAUUAAGGACAACAUCAUGCCUCAUGUCUAUGAACAUAAAUUGGAAGAGUUUUUGUUUGAGCAGAGGGCACGCAAUAAAAGGUUGGCUGCAGAGCACGGGCUAAAUUGGCCUGUCGUGCAACGCCUGCAGAAUCUGAAAUUUAUCCUGGAAUGGACUCAAAGUAAUGCCAUCAAGGACAAGCACAAUAUCGCCACCAAUGUUCAAAAUGUCAUACUGGCCUACCGAUCGGGUGUCUUGAACUGGUGUCAUGGUUUUGUCACCUAUUGGCACAAUGGAGCUCAGCUCUGUGCACCAAGGGCCUUCAAGUGGAAUGAAUUCCAAUAUCUCUAUGAUGCACAUAAGGGAAAUGAAACGGGAUUUUGGGUAGAGGGUAUUGAUGGCCCUGGACCUAGUAGUCAACAAGCUGUAAUCGAAUGUGGAACAGGGUCUAGAAAGUGGGCAGCCGAGCCCUCAAUUGUUCUUCGGAUCCCAAUGACAGGCGGGCAAACACAACCUGGACCCUUUGAAUUCAAAUUCAAGGAUGACACCGGAGCCGAUUAUAUGGUCCUUUAUGACGAGGACGUGAAUCGAUUAAGGACCAAUCUACAAGCCAACGGCGUUAGUUACCCUUUACCACGAUUUUUGAGGGUGUUAGUCGUAACUUUGGCCGAUGGGAGCAAUAAAGCCAUGCUAGUAAGAGAAUUGGAAGUUAACAUGUGGGAUGAGAAAGAGAGACAAUAUAUGGCAGCCAGUUGGGACUCGAUACCCGUUGUCGUUCUUCCUGGACGGGGAACAAAACGUCUGAAUGGUCCUUGGAUGCGUUCGAAGUUCUACACAGGAACUGCACCCGAUAACUCCAACCGUUUGUGGAUAUAUGACUACAAUCCUACAAAUCCCCUCAUGGGUGGCCUGAGGCUUCCUACCGCGACUAAGGCGCAAAUGGAGAGGGGGUUGCCGACUGCACAUAAAUAUGAGAGCAUCGUGAAUCAUCCUCAAUUUAACCCGGACAUCCCGUCCGGGAAAUCGAUCAUAUAA